CUCUGCCUCGUCCGCGGGUGUCACCUCAACGGCAGCAGCAGCAGCGCUCUAGCGCACUAGAGAGUUAUAGUACGCCCCUUUCGCCGAGUAGAGAGUUGAUAUAGUGUGUAUGCGUGCGCGUUAGAGGCCAGGACACACACAGUCGAUAACCGUCGUUGGCACAUGAAUGAACUCGCGACGUUCGUCUCUUCGUCGUUCAACCCUUCCCCGUUGAUAUCGCACCGUAAUAUCAUCUCGCUACAGGCAUAAGGGAAAAAAUAAUUUCGCUGCUUCUUGGCGGCGUGCGGGCGACGAACGAUCAGUAGAAGAAGAACGACGAAACAGCGGCGCGGCGCUGCAAGUGUCCGUGUGUGGCUCACCGUGUGCAGUGAUACAUUGUGCUAUAACAAAGUGUGCCUCCCGUCUGCGUCGAAGAGAGUCUUGUACGUUGUAACCGCUCUCUCGCAACAGUAGUCUCGGCUAGCAGCGUACGAAGUGCGAACCCACGCAGAGAGAAAAAGCCGCUCUCUUUCGACACCGACAGUUUGGAGUCGACGUCGUCGUCGCCAUGACGCAGCUGCUACCCAUUAGGUUCCAGGAGCACCUCCAGCUCACUGCGGUAGGGAUCAAUGCCAACAAUGUCAGCUUCAACACGGUCACCAUGGAGUCAGACAAGUUUAUCUGUGUCCGGGAAAAGGUGGGUGACACCGCACAGGUGGUCAUCAUUGACAUGAAUGACACUUCCAAUCCCAUCAGGAGGCCCAUCUCUGCCGACUCAGCUAUUAUGAAUCCUGCCAGCAAAGUCAUUGCACUCAAAGCUCAGAAGACGUUGCAGAUCUUUAAUAUUGAGAUGAAGUCAAAGAUGAAGGCUCAUACAAUGGCAGAGGAUGUAGUAUUUUGGAAAUGGAUUUCUCUCAACACUUUGGCCCUUGUAACAGAAACAUCAGUAUAUCAUUGGUCGAUGGAAGGUGAUUCUCAACCAUCGAAAGCAUUCGAACGUCAUCAAUCUUUACACGGCUGUCAGAUUAUUAACUACCGUACCGAUGCCAAACACACGUGGCUACUUCUCAUCGGCAUCUCAGCUCAAAAUAAUCGCGUGGUCGGUGCUAUGCAACUCUACUCGGUUGAACGUAAAUGUUCGCAACCGAUCGAAGGCCAUGCUGCUUCUUUCGCACAGUUCAAGAUGGAAGGCAAUGCUGAGCCUAGUAAUUUAUUCUGCUUUGCCGUGAGGACUGUUCAAGGUGCUAAGCUUCAUAUUAUCGAGGUUGGACAACCACCUGCUAAAAAUCAAGCUUUUCCUAAGAAAGCUGUUGAUGUUUUCUUUCCACCUGAAGCUGGCAAUGAUUUUCCUGUAGCUAUGCAGGUGAGCUCAAAGUACGACGUAAUCUACUUGAUUACUAAGUACGGUUACAUCCACAUGUACGACAUUGAGUCAGCGACGUGUAUCUUCAUGAACCGCAUCUCCGGCGAGACAAUUUUUGUCACCGCUCCACACGAGUCAUCAGGUGGUAUAAUCGGCGUUAAUCGCAAGGGUCAAGUAUUGUCGGUAUCUGUCGACGAGGAAAAUAUCAUUCCUUAUAUCAAUGGAGUACUGCAGAAUCCUGAGCUAGCUCUGCGUAUGGCUGUGCGUAACAAUCUGUCGGGUGCCGAGGAUCUUUUCGUACGCAAGUUCAAAAUGCUCUUCCAGAAUGGACAAUACGCCGAGGCCGCCAAAGUCGCAGCUAACGCACCCAAAGGAAUUUUACGAACUCCCGGCACAAUCCAGCAAUUCCAGCAAGUUCCAACGACGCAGGGUCAAACGUCGCCCCUUCUACAAUACUUUGGUAUUUUGUUGGAUCAAGGUCAGUUGAACAAAUAUGAAUCUCUGGAGCUUUGUCGUCCAGUUUUAGUUCAAGGACGAAAGCAACUUCUGGAAAAAUGGUUGAAAGAGGAUAAACUCGAGUGCAGCGAAGAACUCGGCGACUUGGUUAAACAAGUCGAUCCGACGUUGGCUUUGAGUGUGUAUCUACGCGCAAACGUGCCUAAUAAAGUGAUUCAGUGUUUUGCAGAGACAAGCCAGUUCCAAAAGAUCGUUCUCUAUGCCAAGAAAGUGUCCUAUACUCCCGAUUACAUUUUCCUUCUGCGAAAUGUUAUGCGAAUUAAUCCAGAUCAAGGAGUACUCUUCGCGCAGAUGCUUGUACAGGAUGAUGAACCUUUAGCUGAUAUCAAUCAGAUUGUUGACAUUUUCAUGGAACAGAAUAUGGUUCAGCAGUGUACCGCUUUUCUCCUUGAUGCUCUCAAAAAUAAUCGUUCUACCGAGGGUGCACUCCAAACAAGACUUUUAGAGAUGAACCUUAUGUCUGCUCCACAAGUUGCAGAUGCCAUCCUCGGUAACCAAAUGUUCACGCAUUAUGAUCGCGCUCAUGUCGCUCAACUCUGUGAGAAAGCAGGCCUCUUGCAACGUGCUCUCGAGCAUUAUACCGAUUUGUACGACAUCAAGCGCGCGGUUGUGCACACUCAUUUGCUCUCGCCUGACUGGUUAGUUGGAUUCUUCGGCACUUUGUCUGUGGAGGACUCGUUGGAAUGUCUUAAGGCUAUGCUUACCGCUAAUAUGCGUCAGAACUUGCAGAUUUGUGUACAGAUUGCCACGAAGUAUCACGAACAACUGACAACGAAAGCCUUAAUCGACUUGUUCGAAAGUUUCAAGUCAUACGAAGGACUCUUUUACUUCCUUGGCUCGAUUGUCAACUUCAGCCAGGACCAGGAGGUGCACUUCAAGUACAUCCAAGCUGCUUGUAAAACCGGCCAGAUCAAAGAAGUUGAGCGUAUUUGUCGCGAAAGCAACUGUUAUAAUCCCGAGCGCGUGAAGAACUUCUUGAAGGAAGCUAAACUGUCCGACCAGUUGCCGCUGAUCAUUGUUUGCGACCGUUUCGACUUUGUGCACGAUCUUGUGCUCUAUUUGUACCGCAACAACUUGCAAAAGUACAUCGAAAUUUACGUGCAGAAGGUUAAUCCAUCUCGUUUGCCCGUAGUCAUUGGAGGUCUUCUUGAUGUUGACUGCUCUGAAGACAUCAUAAAAAAUCUUAUCCUCGUUGUUCGCGGUCAAUUCUCGACUGAUGAGCUCGUCGAAGAAGUUGAAAAGCGUAACCGUUUGAAACUUUUGCUUCCAUGGCUCGAGUCUCGUGUGCAUGAAGGAUGCAUCGAGCCGGCAACUCACAAUGCCUUAGCCAAAAUCUACAUCGAUUCGAAUAACAAUCCUGAGAGAUUCUUAAAGGAGAAUCAAUUCUACGACAGUCGCGUUGUCGGCAAAUAUUGCGAGAAACGUGACCCUCAUCUCGCUUGCAUCGCGUAUGAGAGAGGAUCGUGCGAUCGCGAACUUAUCAUCGUGUGCAAUGAGAACAGUCUGUUCAAGAGCGAGGCAAGAUAUUUAGUUCGCAGACGUGAUCCAGAACUCUGGGCUGAGGUACUCAAUGAGGCUAAUCCCUUCAGACGUCCGCUCAUUGAUCAAGUCGUUCAAACUGCUCUAUCCGAGACUCAAGAUCCUGAAGACAUUUCUGUCACUGUUAAAGCAUUCAUGACAGCUGAUUUGCCAAACGAAUUGAUUGAACUGUUGGAAAAGAUUGUAUUGGACAGCAGCGUAUUUAGUGACCAUCGCAACUUGCAAAAUCUUUUGAUCCUCACUGCUAUCAAAGCUGAUCGCACUCGCGUUAUGGAGUACAUCAAUCGGUUAGAUAACUACGACGCACCUGAUAUUGCUAACAUUGCAAUCAAUAAUGAGCUUUACGAAGAAGCUUUUGCUAUUUUCAAGAAAUUCGAUGUUAAUACCUCGGCCAUUCAGGUGCUCAUUGAACAAGUGCAGAAUUUAGAUAGAGCCUACGAAUUUGCUGAGAGAUGUAAUGAGCCUGCCGUCUGGUCGCAGUUAGCUCGCGCCCAACUACAAAAGGGUAUGGUGAAGGAAGCCAUCGACAGUUUCAUUAAGGCCGACGACCCAUCUGCUUACGUCGACGUUGUGGAAACAGCCCACCGUACAGGACAUUGGGAUGACUUGGUACGCUACCUACAGAUGGCUCGUAAGAAAGCACGCGAGUCGUUCAUCGAGUCAGAAUUGAUCUACGCGUAUGCGCGCACCAACCGUUUGGCCGACCUUGAGGAAUUCAUUUCCGGUCCCAAUCACGCUGACAUCCAGAAGAUAGGCGACCGAUGCUUCGAUGACAAGAUGUAUGAUGCAGCCAAAUUGCUCUACAACAACGUCUCCAAUUUUGCUCGAUUAGCCAUUACAUUGGUUCAUCUCAAGGAGUAUCAGGGUGCUGUUGACAGCGCAAGAAAAGCCAACUCCACACGUACUUGGAAAGAAGUAUGUUUCGCCUGUGUGGAUAGCGGUGAAUUCAGGCUUGCACAGAUGUGUGGUCUGCAUAUCGUCGUUCACGCUGACGAACUGGAGGACCUUAUUAAUUAUUAUCAAGAUAGGGGACACUUCGAAGAGCUUAUCAAUUUGCUCGAGGCUGCACUCGGAUUGGAGAGAGCACACAUGGGCAUGUUCACCGAGCUGGCUAUUCUCUACAGCAAGUACAAGCCGCAAAGAAUGAAGGAACAUCUAGAGCUAUUUUGGUCUCGCGUGAACAUUCCCAAGGUACUACGCGCAGCAGAAUCAGCUCAUCUAUGGGCUGAAUUGGUCUUCCUAUUUGACAAGUACGAAGAAUAUGACAACGCGGUGUUGGCAAUGAUGCAGCAUCCAUCCGAGGCAUGGCGUGAAGGUCACUUCAAGGACAUCAUCACCAAAGUGGCUAAUAUCGAACUUUACUACAAAGCUAUUCAAUUUUAUCUUGAGUACAAGCCUCUUCUGCUUAAUGACAUUUUGUUGGUUUUGGCACCACGUAUGGAUCAUACGAGAUCUGUUGCUUACUUCACUCGCACCAACCAUCUGCAAUUAGUUAAGCCCUACCUCAGAUCUGUACAGACAUUGAACAAUAAAGCGAUAAACGAGGCUUUGAAUGGAUUGCUGAUCGACGAGGAAGAUUAUCAGGGACUGAGGACAUCGAUCGACGCAUUCGACAACUUCGACAACAUUGCGCUGGCGCAGCAGUUGGAGAAGCACGAGCUUAUCGAGUUUAGGAGAAUUGCUGCCUAUCUAUACAAGGGCAAUAAUAGGUGGAAACAGUCGGUUGAACUUUGCAAAAAGGACAGGCUCUUCAGAGAUGCAAUGGAGUAUGCAGCUGAAUCUCGCCAGCACGAGGUAGCCGAAGAGUUACUUGAGUGGUUCUUGGAAAGAGGAUCUAAGGACUGUUUUGCUGCUUGUCUGUUCCAUUGCUACGACUUGCUUCAUCCGGAUGUCAUUCUGGAACUCGCGUGGAGACACCAAAUCAUGCACUUUGCAAUGCCUUACCUUAUUCAAGUAUCUCGGGAAUAUAUUACAAAGCUCGAUAAAUUGGAGGAAGCUGAGAGCCGUCGAGCUGAAGAGACUGACCACCAAGAACAUAAAUCUAUGAUUAUGCCGGAACCACAACUGAUGUUGACAGCAGGACCAGGCAUGAUGGCACCAGGUUACGCGCCACAAACAGUGUACGGAGCACCAGCCCAGGCUGUCUACGCACCACCGGCAGCAGCGCCUUAUCAAACGUACGGCAUGUGA